CCUCUUUUCCGCAACCUCGAUACAAUUGAAAUUCCUCUACUCCCCGACGACCUUGGUGCCUGUUGAAUUCCGACCGACGACAUCACAAAUCAGACAAAAUGGCGCCAGCUGCAGGAGCUAAGAAGCAAAAGAAGAAGUGGUAUGUAUAAAAUCUAGUGCGCACGAGAGAACACAUGAGAACGAGAACACCGAUCCAUCAUUGUGCCUCAAACGUCGCUUUGUCCAAGGGAAAGGUCAAGGACAAGGCCCAGCACGCCGUCAUCCUCGACAAGACCACCUCCGACAAGCUCUACAAGGAUGUUCAGUCCUACCGCCUGGUGACCGUUGCCGUCCUGGUCGACCGUCUCAAGAUCAACGGCUCCCUCGCCCGGAGAUGUCUUGCCGACCUCGAGGAGAAGGGCAUCAUCAAGCCCAUUGUCCAGCACAGCAAGAUGAAGAUCUACACCCGUGCCGUCGGUGGUACUGACUAAGCCAUGAACUUGGUACGCGUGACGACAAACAAAAAGCAAAGGGGAUCAAAGGACGGAUUGGUCAUAUCUGCCUAGUCAGGAGGCUGUACAGAUGCUCGAUGAAGCAUUUUACCUUUGGCCUUAGGGAUCGGAUUUGCUUAGCAUCGCAAAUGGAACGGAGUUGAUACGUACAUCUGCCGUGUCGUCAAAUAGACCAUGAUCACGUCCUGCUGUCCCCAUGAUAUUGGCCCCGACCAUUCCGCUUCCUGUGCAAGUUGCCCAUCCUGCCGUACUUGUACAUCACAGACGUC